AGAAGAGGAGAGGAGGAAGCAGCAGUGCCUUCGCAGCAUCCAGUCCUCCAGACAGACACCGAGGCUGGUACCGGUUAGCUGCUGAGACGUUUCCUCCCGAACCGACUGCGGGGCUCGGACAGCAGGCACAGAGCAAAGAUGCCGGCAUCAGGACUCUGGUCAUGUUGGACGAGCAGGGAGAGCAACUGGAGCGCAUCGAGGAGGGAAUGGACCAAAUCAAUAAGGACAUGAAGGAUGCAGAAAAGAAUUUGAACGAUCUAGGGAAAUUCUGUGGUCUUUGCUCCUGUCCAUGUAACAAAAUGAAGAGCGGAGCUAGCAAGGCCUGGGGCAACAACCAGGAUGGUGUGGUGGCCAGCCAGCCCGCCCGCGUGGUGGACGAGCGUGAACAGAUGGCCAUCAGUGGAGGCUUCAUCCGCAGGGUAACAGACGAUGCUCGGGAAAAUGAGAUGGACGAGAACCUGGAGCAGGUGGGAGGCAUCAUCGGUAACCUGCGGCACAUGGCUCUGGACAUGGGCAACGAGAUCGACACCCAGAACCGCCAGAUCGACAGGAUCAUGGAGAAGGCUGAGUCCAACAAGACUAGAAUUGACGAGGCCAACCAGCGCGCCACAAAGAUGCUGGGCAGUGGCUAAACGCCGCCGGCCCAGAGUGUGAUCUUCCUGCGUCCGGCACCGCACACAUCGACAGGCGCUGGCAUGCUUUUAUCAUGACCUUCUAGGUUUGCACACAUGCACAUAUCACCCCCUGUCCCCAAUUUCAAUGUUGUUCUGUGUCGUCUGUCAAGCUUUUUCAAGAUGAUUGUCCUCGUAAAACAAUGAUUUCUUAAACUCCGUAUAUCAUUCUUUCCAAAGGUUGUAUAUAGUGCUGACUUGAUGGCUCUAUAGC